AUGAUUGUUAGUGCUCCCAAUGAUUUCACUGAGAUGGUGAACAUGGGGACGCGUCUAGCGGAAGGUGUCCGUGAGAGCAGAUUGUCUAGAGAAGAAGCGUCAACCAAUAAGAAGUAUGGGAGUGGUUUCUCGAAAAAGAAGGAUGGAGAAACUAAUUCAGUGACUGUGGACAGGCGAAGGAAGCCUUAUAUGAAGAAGAGUUCCAGAUCUCAUCAACAACAUCAUCAAGUGUCUUCUGUUAUUCCAAUGUUUGCCAAUAAUUUUUCCAUUCAAUCAGCCUCAUAUAACAAAUAUGAGAGGAAGAAGGUAACGUUUGACCCUACUCUGAUGUCCUAUGCCGAAUUAUAUCCGUCUCUUAUUGUCAAAAAUCUAGUUCAGCCAAGAAGUCCUUCGCCUAAGCCUGAACCUCUGUCGUGGUGGUAUAAGCAUGAUAUUGAGAACUUUUAUCCAUUGAAAUACGAGGUUCAAUGGUUGGUAAUAAGUGGGAUGGUGUCCUUUAAGGACCGUGCACCGAAUGUUAAAGUCAAUCUGUUACCCGCUCAUGGUAACUUCUCUGCAAAUAUGGUGGACGGUUGUCCCAAUGAUGUCAAUCCAUGUGGAUGUGUGAUUGUGAAGAGGGAUAUUCAAAGGUUAAUGGAUGAAGGAAUGGUUCACAUCCACCAAGCUAGAAAUCCAGAUGAUGAUGUGAAUGUGAUUGUUCUAGUUUUCAAAACUCCUAAAUUAGUGGUGAUUCAGUAUGGUAGCAGUAAGAGAAGCAUUAGAUCAGUAUCGUCGUUAGUGAUACGGUUGGUGGGCUCAAUCCCAUACGAAUCUGAUAAAUUUAUGCCUUACAAGUACAAUGCUACUAUGAUAAAAUAUAGGCAAGAGGUUCCUCUUCCCUUAGCUACUUCGGUAGUAAGCAUUGCUGACAUUGUCAAGUCUGGUGAGUCCAGAGGUUUGAAGAAUAAGGAUGACAAUGAUGAAGUACUCCGUUUGAUAAAGAAGAGCGAGUUGAAAGUCGUGGAGAAGCUACUCCAGACGCCCUCCAAGAUUUCUGUUUUAUCUCUAUUAAUGAAUUCUGAAGCACACCGGGAGGCUUUGCAAAAAGUGCUUGAGCAAGCCUACGUUGAACAUGAUGUUACAGUUGAUCAAUUUGAUCACAUUAUUGCUAACAUUACUUCGUGCAAUAAUCUGAGUUUUUAUGAUGAGGAGCUUCCAGAAGAAGGUAGGAAUCAUAAUCAGGCUCUCCACAUAUCUAUGAACUAUAAGGAGGAUGCCUUGUCCAAAGUCUUGGUAGACACCGGUUCAUCUUUGAACGUUCUACCCAAGUCUACCUUGGCAAAGCUAUCUUAUCAAGGUGCACCUAUGAGAUAUAGUGGUGUGAUUGUGAAGGCGUUUGACGGUUCUUGCAAAAUCGUCAUUGGAGAAGUUGACCUCCCAAUUAAGAUUGGUGUUAUCAUGUCAACUCCACACCAAAAGAUCAAAUUUGUCAAGAAUGGGAAGGUUGUUAUUGUUGGAGAUGAGAAGGCACUAUUGGUGAGCCAUUUAUCAUCUUUCACGUAUGUUGAAGCCGAGGAAGCUAUUGGAACUCCGUUCCAAGCUUUGACUAUGGCUAAUGUGAUCCAGAAGACUGGAUCAUCCAUGUCUUCUUUGAAAGAUGCACAAGAGAUUGUUCAGGCUGGUGACACAGACAAUUGGGGUUGCAUCGUGGAAGUGGUUGAGAAUAGGAAUCGAGCCGGUUUGGGAUUCAAGCAAGGCCCGUUCAAGAAGAAAGUCAAGGAUAUGCAACAGAUUUUCCAUAGCAGAGGGUUCAUCCAUAAGGAAGAACAACACUUAGUUGUGAUCCUUCAUGAAGAUGAAGAUGAAGAAGAAGACGGUGCCAACUUUGUAACACAUGGACAAAUUUGCAACAGUUGGGUUGGUGUUGAUGUUCCUGUUAUAAUUCAUAGUUAA